AUGCCAAACACAGACCUCCUCAUUAUCGGCGCAGGUCCAGCAGGCCUCAUGGCAGCCUGCUGGGCCUCGCAAUUCAACAUAUCCACCCGCAUCAUCGACCAGAAACCCGGCCGAACUCGUACUGGCCAUGCAGACGGAAUACACAGUCGCACAUCGGAAAUACUCGAUAGUUUUGGUCUUGUCGAUCAGAUUCUACGACAAGCUGUGAUAGAGACUGAGAUGUGUUAUUGGGCUUGUGCAAAUGAAUCUGGAGAAAUUCAGAGAGUAAAAAAGACUUCGGUGCAGCUGGAAAAUCUCUCGAGAUUUGAACAGAUUUUGUUGAACCAGGGUCUGAUUGAGGAUGUUCUCGUUCGAUAUAUCAGUGACAUUGGAAGGGUGAAGAUAGAAUGGAACAAGAAGGCUGAAAUGCUUGAUGUGUCAACAGCAAAUGAAGCUGAGUAUCCGGUAACGGUCAGCGUGAAGGAUUUGCAUGAUAGCAGCAAUCAAACCGAAACCAUUCGUGCGCGCUACAUAGUUGCAUGCGAUGGCUCCCACAGUUGGACAAGAGAACAACUCCAUAUCCCCAUGGAAACGCGCUCGGACGAAUCAACCUGGAGCGUAAUUGACAUUGCACCCAUAACAAACUUCCCCGACAUCCGUCAAUCCUGCGCCAUAAAAUCCCAAAAGAACGGAAGUAUAAUGACGGCGCCACGUGAAAAUCGGCUUUUGCGUUUGUACAUUCAACUCAAAGGAGAUGACGAGCUAGAGCAAAUAGCGAGACAGAAAUCGCAUGAAUCUCCCAAAGCUCUUGUGAGGAUUGCGGAAAGGGCGAUGAAGCCGUAUUAUUUUAGAUAUCGGCAUUGUGACUGGUGGUCUAUUUACAAUGUAGGUCUACCUGGUCAGCGUCUUGUAAAGCAUCAUCGAAUACAUGACCGAAUAUUCCUCGCUGGCGACGCAGCACAUACCCACUCCCCAAUGGCCGGCCAAGGAAUGAACAUUUCCAUGCAAGACACAUACAAUCUCCUCUGGAAACUCGGGUCUAUAAUCAUCGGCGCAGCUAAUCCUGCCAUCCUCGACACGUAUGAAAGUGAACGACGACCUGUAGCCAGGACACUAAUGCAAGUAGAUAAAAGGGUGCUACAAGCGUAUGAACAGGCUGAUCCAAAGAGUGAAGGGGUGGAUAAAGUGCGCGAGCAAUUCGCCGGGUUUAUGAGUGGGACGGGAGUGGUGUAUCAACCUAGUAUACUGGUUGGGGAAUCUGAUGCGGAUUUGUGUCUCAAUCGUGCUGGAAUGGAGAAGGUUAAAGUGGGCAUGCGUCUGGCUUGUUUUAAGAAGAUGGUCAAGAAUCAGGCUGAUGGGUCAACGAAAUAUCUAUUAAGUCUCUUGCGCAGCACAGGGAUAUGGAGGUUACUAGUCUUUGCCGGUGACGUACGACAGGAGGAGCAAUUGAUGAAGCUGGACGAGUUUUCGAACUCGUCUUUGGUCACCAAAUUUCUGAACAGGUUGGGCUUAUCGAUUGAGUGUCUCUUGAUACAUAAUACUCCCAGAGAUCCGAUUGACGUUUUCGAUAUUCCGGAAAUAUUUCGUCCCUUUGACGAUACGUUCGGCUGGGAUUAUGGGAGGAUAUUUACUGAUUAUGAAGAUUCUACAUAUCCGAGUAAUGGGGCGAUUAGUACUGAUGGCGAGGAGCGUGGAAAAGGGAUUAGUGAAUUUGUCAUCUUGUGUCGUCCGGAUCAGCAUGUUUCUUGGCUGGGGGCGUUGGAUAAUUUGCAUGGAUUGGAGAGGAUGAUUGCUAUGAUCUUUGAUCGGUGA